GCGGCCACUUGUCCCUUUUAAGGAACUCCACCCUAGGUGGAGUCCUCAUGGUAGUCACACCUCUCUUCUGGGCCUAGUCUGCUAGAGAAAGAGCUAAGCACUCCACCUACUCAGGUUGCCCGGCGAGGCGAGCCGCCAGGCUCUGACCCCACGGGCGUGGUGUACCAGUGGGGUGGCCAGGAAGGCGCCGGGUGUGCAGCGCUAACCGCUGCGUGGAGGGGAUCCUCUGGCGCUGUCUCCUUGCGGGUCUUCACUGACUCCUCCGUCUCAACUUUGCGUUCAAGUCGUGAUCUGAGCCAGGAGAAAACAGAGGUGGGGGACCAAGGAAGAGGAGGCUAAAGCGUUGCCAGGCGCGCUGUCAGACAUGGGCGGGUGCGAGGGGAACAGCUGUCUUGAGAUCAGCUCAGGAGUAUGAGUCUCCGGGAGGACCGCAUGAGCUCCGGACACUUCAGGAGUCCUCAGCUAGAGACAAGGGCGUUUAACCAAGAUGAUGUAACCAGCAGGACGUUUGGACAGCAAACCAGUGACUCAGAAAUGACUUCAUCCUCUUCUUCAAAGUUUGGGGGUAACCCUUAUGAGAGAGACAUUAAUCCUUGGAAACUGCUGACGCGACAGGCUAGGCACAGUGUGUCUCCAGGUUAUCUUAGAGGGCAGCUAGGCAAAAACACAGGACGGCUAGAAAUACCACUUCAAAAGAAUAUGGAUCAACUCAUGAACAGCUUCGAAGUCCAACUUAAUUCAGAAAGAGGUUCAAUGCAGGUAUUCAAACAGGUCGCCGGCCCUGUUCAGAUCAGACAUCCCCCUGUGACAGUAGACAGAAGAAAUAUGACUUCUUCCCCACUCCUGGAUGCCAGCUCGAUGGAGAACCCAGCCUUGUUUAAUGAUAUCAAGAUCGAGCCUCCAGAAGAGCUGCUGGCUAGUGAUUUCAACCUGCCCCAGGUGGAGCCGGUCGAUCUUUCCUUUCACAAACCGAAGGCUCCUCUCCAGCCUGCUAGCAUGCUGCAAGCUCCAAUACGGCCUCCCAGGCCACCGGCUGCAGCCCAAGCCAUCGUGGUGUCUACUUCAUCUGAUACGGGCACUUCAGCAACCAUCCCUACCGUUCUCACUCCAGGCUCUAUCCUGGCCUCCUCUCAGGGGACCGGGGGCCAGCCGAUCUUACAUGUGAUUCACACUAUCCCCUCAGUCAGUUUGCCAAAUAAGAUGGGUGGACUAAAGACGAUCCCGCUGGUGGUUCAGUCUUUGCCGAUGGUCUAUACCAGUUUGCCUGCAGAUGGGAAUCCUGCAGCGAUUACUGUCCCACUCAUUGGAGGAGAUGGCAAAAAUGCUGGAUCAGUCAAAGUUGACCCCACCUCCAUGUCUCCACUGGAGUUUCCAAGUGAUGGUGAGGAGAGUGCUAUUGAGAGUGGAUCCUCAGCCUUACAGAGUCUGCAGGGAUUUCAACAAGAUCCAGCAACAGUGGCCCAAAUGCAGGGAGAAGACUCUCUCGACUUAAAGAGAAGACGGAUUCACCAGUGUGACUUUGCAGGAUGUAGCAAAGUGUACACCAAAAGCUCUCACCUGAAAGCUCACCGCAGAAUCCAUACAGGAGAGAAGCCUUACAAAUGCACCUGGGAUGGCUGCUCCUGGAAAUUUGCUCGCUCGGAUGAGCUCACCCGCCAUUUCCGUAAGCACACAGGCAUCAAGCCCUUCCGGUGCACAGACUGCAACCGCAGUUUUUCUCGAUCUGACCACUUGUCCCUACACCGCCGGCGUCAUGACACCAUGUGAAUAUCCCAGGCCACAGCUGACGUCCUCUACUGGUCUCCUGAGUAUCUGCUGAGUUUGAGACCCUGUUUGCCUCUUUGACUACAACUUGCCCCUGUGAUUGGGGGUUAGAACAGCCUACUGAGCCAGGUUGAUGAGACUGGAGCAAAAGUUAGCCGGUCUCCCAUGCGGCUCUUCAUAUUCCGCUUUCACCUCUUCACUGUCCAGACUUCAGUUUUCUCAACCUCUUCCUGGGUUGAAUUCUAGUGCGGCGCCCAUGGUUGCCCUCCCUGACCCCUCAUGCUAUGUUAUAGACAUUUUUCCUACAAUAACAAACAAAACAGGAAUCAAACUCAAGGCUGUGAACAAACAUCCGCUGCUCCCCCUGCCACUUUUCUCUUGUUUUUAAAAACUUUUAUCCAUAUAUAAAUAUGUAUGGAUACAGUAUAUAUACUGUAACCAGUACUUAAAGUCAUUUAGCAAUGUCCUAAAAUGAGGGUUUUUUUUUUCAAAGUCAUAGGUACAAGGGGCAUAACAGUGGAGUUGAUUGGUCAGAUUUACAGAGAAUUGAGUCUGAAAUACAGAGUCUCAUUCUAACCGUGAAGGUUUUGUAGAUCCAGUUUUACUUGUUCUUACCAGUUUGGUUUACAGACAGUACCAGCCCUCCUUUUUGAAGUCCAUCAAAGAAAUGAAGGGAUUUUUCUCGACCUCCUCUUCCUCCUCAUGCUCCUUUAUAAUUAAAGGUUUUAUGGCACAAUUACAUUCUUUUUAGGUUAAGUUUGGACAAAUAUUCAAAGCACAGAAAGACAGAUCAGUAGGGAGAAGUAUUCUAGGAAAAUAUGUCAGGCAGUGACAGGAUAAAGCAGACCUUGGAGGACCCUUUGAGCAAUUAUUUGGAUAAGGUAUUAGAAUUGCUGUUAAUCCCAAACCUCAUUCAAAGGGCAGCCUGUUGAAACGGCGCUUUGGAUGGGCUCCGCUGUACUGUUUAUUCUUUUGUUUACAUAAAGCAACCAUUCAGCGUAUUACCUGAGAGAAACUGCACACUGAGCACGUUAUACAGAGGUGAGGGGUUGCACUAAAGGAAUUUUGUUUACUUCAUGCCAUUUUUUGGCACUCAUUCUUCUGUUUUUAAUGAGAUAGAAAAGAUUUUUUUUUUUCUGACACUGACAUAUAAAAUCAUUUUUAAUGUUUUACAACUGCUGCCAAUACCCAAGCCAUUUAUUUUAGAUGUAACAGCAGGAUGCAGAAUAUACAUUUGGUUGCCCAAUCAGACUGUUCCUAUUAUUCUCUGGGGCAUAAAACGCUCUGUUCCUGGCCCUGGACCUCAGAUCUACCUCCAUGUGGCAUAUUUCCUCUCCUGGGAAAAAAGGAGAGGGGCUUUGUAUCAUUAGGAUAGGACGCAGCCUAAAGGUUGUCUUCAUACUAAACCUUUUUUCUCGGCAGAUAUUCAAAGCUCUAGCUUGAAUACUUCAGGUUACUACCUCCCGUGGCUGUCCUUUCUAGCUAAAUCCUAGAACUCUACCAUCCAGAAGGGGUCCUGUCUACUUCUACCCAUCCCUCCCAUCUUACAGAUGAGGCAAAUACGGGUUCGAUUCUUUCUCCAGAUAUUUCCUUUGAGGCCUUAUAUAGACCUAUGUACUCCUUCUCCCAGGGAUCACACUAGUAAACCAAAUUAAAUAAAAAAUUAUGUGAUUGGUUGCAAUAUUUGUCCAAUUUUAUAUGUUAUACUUCAGAAAACUUUAAAUCACUCAAAAUUCAUAUAUAGUUGAUGACAAAGUAAGUAGAAUGUGCUUAUGGUCAUUGCCAGUUAACAUUACGCACACAGUGUUUCUAUUCUCAUAGUUUGAUAUUUCCAGGCUUUUUUUAAAUUUACCUUGUUUCAAGUUUCAGUGUCUUUCCAGACUAUAAAUUCUCCAUAAAUUAAGGCCUACUUGUACUUUUCCAGAUGACGUGUAGGUUUUGCUAUUAUCAUUAUCUUCAUACAGGAUUUUUCCUGACUUAUGGUAUACAAGUUCCAAGCUGUAUACUAAUUACUAAAGCACUAAUAAAUAUCUAGGGCAAGUCUAUUCAUGGGGACCACAUUGUAUGACAGAUUGAUAAAUGGAUAUUACUACCAUGCAUGGGCUUAAGCUUAUAAUUGAGUAGUUGGUACAAUAUUAUAGAACAGAGUCCAAAGGGUUACCCACUUUUUUUCCACUUUGGAUCCUGAGAUUUGCUUUCCAGAGUUCAGAAUUGGCAUGUGCCCCUUAGACUUCAGGAUAUUGAGACAUAUGGUCACAAUAUUUACACUGAGACAUAUAUUUACAAAUGAGCAUUAUCAAAUUAUAGUACUCAGAAGGGUGAUCAAAUUAGGAUCCUAGAUAUCGAUGCUCCCGGCAUCUCUGAGCCUUUCUUCAAAUCUAUUUCUGUAGAGUGGUAAUUGACUGUGCAAAUGCUUGUUCAUUGUCUUUAGUCCAGAAACAAUUCUAACCCUAUUCUCAUUGCCCCCUUUUCCAAAAAUGGUAAAGUCUUUCCAAUUACAAACAUAUUCUUUAAAAAUGUGUCAUGAUGUAGAAAACUUCACAGAGUAAAUUGAUUUCAACACAAUGCAGUGUAGAAUUACUGCACCAAAAGCACAUGCAUGUUUGCUAGAUGGUGGGGUACAAAGGAAAUGAAAUGCAUCUCUCUUGGGGAACAUCUGAGCUUUAACUAAGUUGAAUGGGUUUUACAACAGCAAAACACUGUUAGUAUGACAUUUGCCUAGGACAUGGAAAUCUCAUAGGGAUGGAUAAUAGUCAGGAAUUUAUUACAGUGGAAUUCUUCCUUCUGUAGACAUCUGGAAGCUGAACACAACUAUUGAUAAUUGCCAUUGUGAAAUAUAGGAAAUGUAAAUUGGUUUGAUGGAUUAGUGGAGUUCCUUAUGUGCAGAACACAGAUGUUGGUAAAAAGAAUUUCUUCUUAAAUAAGCUUUCCAUGUUGGAACUCUUAUAGGUUUUCAGAAAAAAAUGUGAAGGUAGAACAGAGUUCCUGUUUACUCCACAUCUUACAUUAGUAUGGUACACUUGUUACAAUUAGUGAAACAAUAUUGAUGCAUUAAUGUUAACUGCAGUCAGUGCUUUAUUCCAACUGUCCACUUUCUGUUUUAAUAUCUCAUCAAAGUACUGCUUUGAUUUAGGAGGGAGUCCCAACUCCUUUGGUUGUGACAGUUUCUUGGACUUCCUUACUCUCAAGGACCUUGGGAGGAUGUUCUUCACUUGGGAUUUGUUUGCUGUUUUUCUCAUGAAAAGACGAGGUUAAUGGAUUUGGGCCUGAAUAACCACACAAAUGAGUUACUAUUUUCAUAACAUCAUAUUUCUGUGACUUAUCAUUCUUUAUGGUAUUUCCAGUCACAUGGCUGGGAUAAUAUCUAUGAAAUUUCUCCCAUGUACCCCUUUUCCUAUCAUCAUACUACACUCUCUGGAAGGAAGCACAGCAGCCCACACAUGGAAAUGGUGAGUUAUGUACCAUGUCCUUGAGAGCAAGUGUCUAGAUAAAUUCUUUGGAAUUCUUCUGCAUGGGAGCUUUGACUCCUCCCCAUUUAUUUAUUUACAUAGUUGUUUAUUUAUGCCAACAUGGACUCAUUGAUAUUUAUUUUAUAGUUUAUUUUAUAAUCCAAUGCAACUUUUAUUUUGUUGCCAAAUUGUAGCUUUGACUGUUAGGAGCUCUUUUGAAUUGAUUCCUAAGCCUUUUUUACCUACCCCAUCAUUUUUUUUCAGCAUGUGCUUAAUUUUUAGUGUCUCAAGAUGUUUCAGGUUCAUCUUGUUUUUGUUUUGUGGAGGGCACUCUCAUAACCAGACAUUUCUUCAAUGAGUUCUAAUUCCUUUUAUUGAAGAAUUGUAUCAGAAACCAGGAUCUGUGCACUAUGUAGGUUUGCUACUUUGGGGAUAUUAUUUCUUCAAGGCCUUCUCAGCCAAUACAACAAAGAAAUAUAUGCAUAUAUAUAUAUAUAUAUAGUUAUAUAUAUGCACAUGUCUAUAAACAUUUCCAUAUGUAAUCAUCUUUAUUAUCUAUAUAUGAGUUCAUAUAGUUGUCGUCAAUCCUUGGUUAUCUUCAUAACCUUCCAUGCUAACAGCGACAACCAUUGCUCCCCCUUCUGGCAUUAAUUAAUUGUUGAAAUCCAGUUUAUAUACAUAUUAACAGUGUCUUAAGUGUUAUCCCGUAUACCCAUGAGAAAAAUCAAUCAACUAGAACCUGGUGCUUAUGUACAUGAUAGUAACCUUUUUUAGAACUUCAACAAUUCUUUGAAACAGAGUGAUCUACAAGAUUCUUGAAUUAGAGAUAUCUGUAUUCUCAACUCUAUCCUAGCCCCUAAAUGCUUCCUCAUACAUGAAACAAACCAUUGGUGAUUGACCUAACUUUGAAGAAGUCAAGGAAACUUGUUGAUCUUCCAUUGUGUGUUAGUUCCUAGUAAGGGAUAAAUGGGAAAGUACCAUGGGCCUAGUUUAAAGAAACAUUUAGCACUGUCUUUUUCUCUACUAAAUAUGGAUCCCUGACAACUGGGUGGUAUCCUGAUUUGCCUCUCUUCUGUAUUUUCCCCAGUUUUUAGGCAAGUCACAUCACCUCUCUGUGCCUCUAUUAACCCAUCUAAAAAUGGGGAUCCACAUAUCUACCUCACAGGAGUGUUGUGAGGCUUCUUAUUAAUAGAUGUUUAAAAAAUGAUGCGUGAUCUCUAAAUGAGCGAGAAAGUAUUAUACUCAUUACUAUGAUGCUAAGUAGAGUACCUUAUAUUUAUCCUAUGGAAAGGAGAUUAUCCCUCAUUAGUCAACAGCUAAAGUCAAUAAGAAAGAUCAAUGAAGAGAGGCCACUGGAAGCAGUAUUGUUUGUUCUGUUAUCCUCACUUUCCCUACAUCCUCUGACUCCAGGAUUAUCAACUGUUUCCAGAUGCGAAACGUACUAGGACCUAAAAUAAAACAAGAGGCAAAACACAUAGUUUUGAAAUGAUAUUUUUCUCCCUUUCUUACUCUGGUUGGACUGCAUUACAUAUAACUUUGUCAGAAGCACAAAGACAACUUCUCAAAGCUUUUCAGUCUUUGGUCAGUUCCGUUUCAUCAGUUAAAAUUUCUCUUUCUGCGUGUACUGUACAUUAAACAGUAAAGGUAGGAGGGGAGUGGGGUGGGAUGGUUGGGUUGGGAGUGGACUGGAAGAGAAUGGAAAUUAUGUAGGUGUUUCUCAAACACUGGGUAUCACUUUCCAUUUCUUUUUUUCUGGUGGUGGGUUGGGGGCAAGGGAAGAGAUAACUAUUUUGUUAACAAAUUCUCCUUCCCUUCCAGUAGAUGUCUCCUAGGGUCAGUACAAAUAGCUGUGUUGGACGUUACUUUUAUAACUAUGUUGUAUACAGUGCUGUUUUCGUUGUACUCCUGAAUAAAAAGGGAAGACAGUCCCUAGUGAUGUUCAUCCCUGUUUUUGACAGGAGGCCACAGCAGAAGAGCAGUACCAGAAACUGACUUUUUUUUGUGGUGGGGAAAGGAGCCUGCAGUGAAGGGAUUUCUUGGAGUUUUGUCAUUAUUUAAAGAAAUUCUAAAACAGUAUAUUAUGCAUUAGUCUCUAUAACUCUUCUGUUUGUGCCUCCUUGUUUUAGUGCUUUAGAGCAGCACCUAUUUUCGCUCAUUUUAUACUUGUUCUUGUUCAGAGGGAUGAUGUUGAGCACUCCCUCAUCUGUUGUGUAGCUCAAGAUUCUCGAGAAUUGCCUCAGUAAGCAUGGCCACCCAGAGGUUCCUCUGUCGCAGCUCAGUCGGCAGCUCCCACUGCGGCUCCCAGGCAGGGUGGGUGCCUGGGCACUCAGCAAUCUGGUUCUGUCUGAUUACUGUACUUUUUUAAUAAUAAAAAUAUUUUAAAUCAGAAACCAUGGGGUUCGUGUUCCGUUUGUCUUCUCAUUGUAUUUCUUCAGCGUGGAACAAGUAGCUUAUUUUCUUUUUGAGAUUUUGACUAAAAAAAGUUGUGACAGAAGGUACUAUAUAGUAUUGUGUAGCAACAAAGGAAGCCAGGCUGUCUCAAGCAAUGAUUUUCUCUGUUAAAGUACAUGAAGCCCUCCUAAUUCUUGCUGAUGUAUUCAGACAUGCCCAUGAAUAGGACUUGAUGAAGACUAUGCUGUUUUUGUAUUUCCUAUAUAGGAUCCCACAAGAGUUUUGAGGUACAGGCCUGUUCUCUUUGUUGUUUUAGUUCCCUUUGGGGGGGGCAGUAAAUAGGUACAGGAGGGUAUUGGGACAGCUUUGAAGUCCAAAGACAUCUCAGUACAUGGGUAGUCCUGAGCAGACUUGUGGGAAGAAGUCUCAUCCAGAACUUGUAUAUUCCAGAGAAGCAUCAGAAGAAAAGUAAAAGGGGGAAAUUCUGUGAAGGGGAUGGGGGCCAGAAGUUGGAAAGACAAAUUAAAAGUGGCUGUUCCCAAGGCUGUCGGGAUGCAAUUUCCACUACAGGCCCUAAAAAUAACAAAAAACAGAGUUUACAGAUUGCCCCACAGUAUUUAUUUAUUUUGUGAGAAGAAAAAAAUAUUUUGAAAGUACAAUUAAAAAGAGCUUUAAAAGCCAGGCAGUGGUGGCACACACCUUUAAUCCCAGCACCUCAGAGGCAGAGGCAGGCGGAUCUCUGUGAGUUCGAGGCCAGCCUGGUCUACAGAGCGAGAUCCAGGACAGGCACCAAAACUACACAGAGAAACCCUGUCUUGAAAACCAAAAAAAGAAAAGAAGAAAAUGGGGUAGCCAUUAAGGAAGCAGGACUUGUGAGCUUUGAGCCCUCCCCCUUCUCAUCACAAGCACCUUUAAUGACCAGGGUGAAUGACCGUUAUUUGUGCCCAGUGGCUUAACACAUAACAAAUGAUUAUCAGACAGUUUCCUUAUAUGCAAGUCCAUUCUGUGUAUUUAGUCUUCUUCUGUCAUCUAGAGCCGUGUAGCCCAUUUCCUAACCUCCAACAGCUUCCACCAAUAUAAGCCCGUACUUUUCCCACCGUCGGAACACUGACUCAGAGUUAUUGAAUCUGUGCUCCGAAAAUAGAAACCUCUAAGGCCUCAGCUGAAGAGUUUCACUUUGCCAGUUCCUGUGUUUAGAUCGAUUGUCAUUACAUUGUCGGGUGGCUUAGAGAGGACUCAUCUCUACCUCCUGUGCUGCCACAGACACCAGCACCUACAGGAACCCUCUUGUAUCCCACCAGCUCCCUGGUACUUUCCAGGUGGACAGAUGAGACCUUUGCAUUUCUCAACCUCUCUUUUCUUGAAAGGUUUCAAGUCUUUGUAAGGGCCCUUUGUUGCUGGCUGUCUAGUAGGGGAAUGGCCGAUUUAGGUGUCUAGGAGAAACAUUUUCCAUCUAGAUAAGUAAUCAGAACGUUGGGAAAGAGUGAAUAAAGUGUAUAUCUAUAGUUGAAGGAAUGGAAUCAACCCAUGUAUACUUCUCAGAUUAAAAUAAGACAGUCAUUGCUCAGACCUUCAGAAGCCACCACAUGCACUUACCACAUUUUGUUCCCCUAAGUGGCCUGUAUCUUGUUUCAGUGGUAAUCAUAUAA